UCCCUGAUGUCUGGGCAGGUCUACAAGGCUGGGCCCUGUCUAGUCUGAAGAGGGAGGAGGCGGAGAUCGUACUGUGUUUUUUUAAAGCCAUCUUGGGAUUCUUACAGACUUGUGUACUAUUAAACAGUAAAAAUGGGCAACUGGGUCACCCGUGAGGACUACGAAUGGGUUUAUACGGACCAGCCCCAUGCCGACAGGAGAAAAGCGAUCCUGGCUAAAUACCCUGAAAUCAAGUCGUUGAUGGGUCCUGACCCGAGGUUGAAAUGGAUUGUGUGCAUGAUGGUGGUGAUACAGUUUUUAGCUUUCUACCUGGUCAAAGACUUGGACUGGAAAUGGGUUUUGUUUUGGACCUAUGCCUUUGGCAGCUGUAUCAAUCAUUCAAUGACCCUUGCUAUUCAUGAGAUCUCCCACAACGCUGCCUUUGGAAACAACAAGGCCAUGCGGAAUCGAUACUUUGCCAUGUUUGCCAACCUGCCAAUCGGCCUUCCCUACUCUGCCUCCUUCAAACGCUAUCAUCUGGACCAUCAUCGCUACCUUGGUGGAGACGGUGUAGAUGUCGACAUCCCUACUGAGUUUGAAGGCUGGUUCUUCUGCACACGCUUCCGCAAGUUCAUCUGGAUUAUUCUGCAGCCACUUUUCUAUGCCAUCCGGCCCCUCUGCAUCAACCCCAAACCCAUCACUCAGCUGGAGGUGACCAACCUGGCAAUCCAGCUCACCUUUAACAUCCUGCUCUACUGGGUUUGGGGGGCCAAGCCUGUGGUCUACAUGCUGGCUGGUUCCUUGUUGGGGAUGGGCUUGCACCCCAUCUCUGGUCACUUCAUUGCUGAGCACUACAUGUUCCUCAAGGGCCAUGAGACCUACUCCUAUUAUGGCUCCCUCAACCUGCUAACCUUCAAUGUGGGCUACCACAAUGAGCACCAUGACUUUCCCAGCAUCCCAGGACGCAGGCUGCCUAUGGUGAAGGAAAUAGCUGCAGAGUAUUAUGACAAGCUGCCUCAGUACACGUCAUGGAUGAAGGUCCUGUACGACUUCAUCAUGGACGACGCACUGAGCCCGUACUCUCGGGUCAAGAGGAAGCUGAAGGGUGACAUCAAACAGGAGUAACAUCACUGAAAGCAGCAGUUUACACCAUGACAGCAGCCACGCUCACCGUCCUAUUAACUUAACAGCUUCUGCGGAUUAAUACAUUCAACAUGUGAAAUCAUGGUGGCGAUUGUAUAGAUUAGUCUUGAUUUUUGCUUUUGCUCCAGAGGAAUAGGAAAUGGUUUCAGGUUAUUGUUAUAUCCAGGUAAGAAAAUCCAAAAGAAGUGAUGUGAGAUUAAAAAUGUAAAAAGGGACCGGCUGCACAAAGACUUGACCUUAAAAUUGACUUUCUUAAUCUUAUUUUCUGCCCAGCUGACCUGCGCUCACAGCUAUAGCUCACACAUACAGUACUGUGUUUGUUUGAUUCCCUCUAGAGUUAUGACCUGUAUUUAAACAGAUUGAAAAAGUCCAACAUUUUGUGCGCACACAGUUCACACAAGACCUAAUGUGAAGCGCUCAGCCAUCGCAUCAUGGUUACAAUGACCAAAUCACCAUUGAUUAAUUAUCAAUCAAUCAAAUUUUAUUUGUAUAGACCCUAUUCACAAAUCACAAUUUGUCUUAUAGGGCUUGAAAAGGUGUGACAUCCUCUGUCCUUAACCCUCAACUAGAGUAAGGAAAAACUACAGAAACACCUAUUUAACAGAGUAAAAAGAACAUAGAAACCUCAUAGAGAGCGACACAUGUGAGGGGUCCCUCUCCCUGGACGGACAGAAGUGCAAUAGAUGUCAAGUGUAAUUGAGAACAUCAGGAAGAAAUUGCUAAAUAAAUGUGUGAAGAGCGACUGAGACGAGCACACACUCACUUAGACAGGAGACCAGUUCUAUAAGCAGUUUAUGAUUCAACGCCGUGUUUUAACUUCAUUGUUGCUGAAGAAGCGACGCCCUCGUUCCAGCCUCUGUACAUGCGAGUUCUCCAUAUACAUUGGUGCUAUUGACUACAUAAAAGUCUGUUCCCAUGCUUAUCGGUAAUGUUAUUUUAACAACUAAACAACAUUCAGAUAUGACACUGCGUCUGAAACACUGCCAAAAACCUUUGAACCACAGAGACUUUGCAGAACCAGGAGGGUGCCUCAACUGUGCAGUUGUUUCACAUCCUUAGUCAACAUUUUUUGUCAAAGUUGUAACUGGAUCCUCAAACCUCAUUACACAUAGCAUACCAGUGAGAAACCCCUAGUUAGCAGUUUCAGUGGAUGUAGGCUGGCCUAAAUAAAAGUCUUUGUGCACCAAGCCCCUGAUGAUUAAGAAAGACACAUCGACAACUAACGAUAAACUCCCAAUAUAGUACCAUUCACUUAGAAGGUGACAAACCACAUACAAGGCUUUCUACGUUCAAGUGUGUGUUGUGCCACAUACUUGAAUUGUAUAAAGGGGAAUGACCCUGUAUACCUUCCUACUAUUUUGGACCAAAGUUGAACUACCACCCUUAUGAACUGAUCUGUCACAACAUUUUGCUGUUUUAUCUCUUGAUUAUGUUUUGAGUCCCCCCCCCCCCCCCCCUACUUUCCCUACUUUUUAACCUGCAACAUUUUAAUGCAGCACAACAUUAUAUAACCAUUGUCAUUCGUCCAUGCAACCUGUGAAUGUAAAAGUCAGCAGAAGAGUCCGUUUGAGGUUGUAUUGCAUAUUAGAUGACAGUGUGUUAUCAUUAGUAGCUCAGAGCUUUGUUUUCAAUUUUGCCAUUGUUGUCUUAAUUUCAUCGUUAUGAAUUAAUUCUUGUUGAUGAGAAUUUGUUUGCCAAGAAGUAUUUAAUGUUAAAAA